AUGCUAGUGCUUUGGAUCUUUUUGGCUUGGCUGCGUGCAAACGGACAGGAUUCAGGAUGCACUGAGCCCGAACCGGCACCGUCGUCGCUCCAGCUCCUUCAGCAGAACUUGCGGCUGGGACGAGGCUCGGUGAACAGCAUCCUCGCUGACUCCCAGUCUCCGACGUCUCUGGCUAAUCUCAAGAAGCUCUUAGAUGGGUGCUCUGGAUGGGAUUGCUUGAAACAGUAUGUGGAUCGGCCAGAUGCAGCUUAUAGCUGGCGGGACAGCCACAUGAGGCUGCAAGGCUCUGUGGGCGGUGUGGAAUGGACUGCGGCACUCCUGCAGAUGACCAGCCAGACAUGGCUGCCAGAUUUAGUAUCACCAAGCUCCUGGAAUCAUUCAUUAGUCGUCAUCUCGCCCAAGAAUGUCUCGCAGACUGGCUGGUGUUUUCUCUAUGUCGCCAUGGGUUUCUACGGCUCUUCCGGCGUGGACAAGGCUGUUGAAGCCUCAAAUCCCGAUGUCCAAGCUGCUGCGAAGAUUGCCGUGUCGGUGGGGAUCCCUGCUGCCGUGCUGUUUAACGUGCCAGCAGAGCUAUUGACCUUUAAGACUUCUGCAUCUCAAGGCCCUUUAGUAGAGGACGGGACGCUUUCCCAUUCUUGGGCACUCUUUGGCCGUCAGCCCUUCGGACUUGGAGCCUGGCGCCCAGAUCCUCGGCUGCUGCUGGAGCUGCCCAUGACGAAGGCUGUCGUGAGGGCGAUGGACGCAAUAGGUGACUUCGCAGAUUCUGGAGCUGUUGCUGGCAUCUCCGGCAAGCUGAAGUUUGUGGUGAUGGGAACCAGCAAACGAGGGCACCUGUGCUGGCAUGCCGCGUCUGUGGAUGCCCGUGUCGAAGCUAUUGUCCCGAUCGCAAAGGCGUUGAACAUGCAAGGGUUUCUCAACCUCUCGCAGAGAGAAUUGGGUGGACUGCCCCAAGCCGCCACAGACUAUGCCCAAGCAGGAGUGUUGGAACACCUCGAGGACACUCCGCAGGGACGCUGGUUCAUCAACAUCACGGAUGCCUUUGCUUACAGGGAGCGGUUUGCCGGGUUACCUAAGCUAGUAAUAAACGCCGCGAAUGACGAGUUCUUCGUCCCGGAUCACACGCGGGUAUGGUGGCCGGCACUGCCAGAUCCGAAGUGGCCUCUUGGCAUGAACCUGGAGACUUUGGCGCUGGCCCUUUGCUGUGAUAUUUUGGUGUCCAGGCACCUUAUGAUCCCGAACAGUGGGCACAUUGGUGGCGGCCAGCAGGUCCGAAGCCUGGCAGAACCUAUCUCCGCAUUUCUCUCUGGCCUCGUGCACACCGAGGACGCAGGGUCUCAGGCCAAAAUUCGUUCGGAUGUAUCAUCGUCCCUAGGCACGUCAAGCGUCGUGAUGCUUCAGGCGCAGGACGCUGCCGAACUCCCUCGUCUCUCCUGGAGCAUUCAAAAGACGGGAGCUAUCACGGCCAAGCUUGACAAAGCAAGCCCUUCACCAUCGGAAGUUGUCUUUUGGCAGGCCACAACAUGCGACUCGCAAAGGCGAGAUUUCCGAUUGCACAAUGCGGACCGUGGCGAAACCUGCCGUAAAUGUGGUUAUCAAGGAUUGUAUGGCUGCGUGAACGAAGCUGUGACUUGGAACAGUUCCACGAUGCAGGAGACAGAGCACCGCAGCUUUGUAUGGGAAGCGAGCGUGUCCGCACCUGCCGAUGGCCGCUGGACAGCCUUUUUCCUGACCUUCCAUUGGCCGACUGGAUUGAGGCUUUCGACAGAGGUGUCUGUUGGCCGCGAGUUGAAUCUGACAGGCCUGUCAGCCCUCAUGGGCUUCCGACAGAGCCUCACCAGCACGAUGCUCCAGAUCGAUCUUUUGCUGAUCAGCUCAGUGCCCGUCACGAAGGGAGGGUCCGACUUGGCAGCCGCCGAUCGGCGACGCGUCCUCGCAGCUGCGACCGUGGUUGGCUUGGUUGAUGAGAUCGACAUCGGCCUGCUCGCCGCUUCCUUUAUGCAGCUGGAGAAGGAGUUCGGGUUCGCUCCCGAUGUUCUCGGAAAGCUCCUGAUGGCCAGAGGUCUUGCAAACAGCCUAUCAGGCAUCGUUUGGGGAUCCCUCGCAGACCGUCUGGACAGGAAACGAAUCAUGGUCGCGUCGAUGAUGCUGGCCGGCAUCUUCACAAUGCUGACGCCAGAGCUUACGACACUGCAAGGAUUCUUUGCGACACAGAUGUCCAUCGCAUUUUUUGCGGCAGCAGCGGUUCCAGUUACGCAGAGCCUAGUCAGCGAGAAAGUCGAGGCAACCGACAGAGGUGUGGCCUUCGCAUCCCUGGCCAUGUGCUCAGGCUUUUCCUGCUCGGCGGCAGCCCUCCUUGCCGGGGUCCUCUCCUGGCGGGAAGCGUACCGGAUCAUGGGCGGUGCCACGAUCUCGCUGGCACUCUGUUUGCUCGUUGCUUUUCCUGCAGAAUGUCGCCCGGCCUCUGAGAGGACUCUUGAAGGUGCUCUGGCCACAGAGAUGGAGCAGCUGUGGGCCAUCUUCCGCAUCCCAACCUUCAGAGCACUGCUGCUGGGCGGCGUGGUCGGCUGCAUCCCCUGGAAUGCUUUGAGCUUUAUGAUGAUGUUCGUUGAAGACCUGGGUUUCGACUCCUCGCGUGCAGCAGUUCUCUUGGCGGUGAUGUCGGUGGGCCGAAUUCUCGGAUGCCUUGUGGGAGGCAUCUUGGGAGACUACAUGGCCCGCGUGUCACCUCUGCAUGGCCGCGCCUUCGUUGCGCAGCUGUCCAUAAUCCUGGGGAUGGCUCCCUUGUAUUGGGUUCUGCGCUGCUACUCCCACUCCAGCCGUUCUCCGUCCAGCCUAGCCUCUGCAUUGUUCACCUUCUCCCUGCUAGCAACCUGGUGCAACCCGGGAGUGGACCGCCCUUUGUGGUCUGAGUUGGUGACCCCGAACUGCCGCGGCAAGAUCAUUGCCUGGUGGACUGCUAUCGCGCAAUCUUUCGGGUCAGUCUUUGCAGGUCCGGUGGUUGGUUACAUCUGCGUCGGCGUGCUUGGUUACCAGCCUGGAGCUGAAGGCAGUCGAAGAGCAAACGCGGAGUCAUUAGGGACUGCGAUGGCCAUCUGCACCAUGCUUCCUUGGAUCGUUUGCUUCGGCUGCUACUCUGCCAUCCAUGCCACCUAUCCGUCAGACCGGCACCAUGCUGACCGCAUUUCUAUGGGUCUUGGUGCGAAAGCAGCGCCUCUAGAGUCUUAA